CUCCCGACUUCCCCUCACGGGUCCUGGCUCCACCCAAGGGACUCGUAGCAGACUCUGCCUGCAACAGGUACUGUUAGUAAGCUCAUUUUGCAGUUGGAGAAAUGGAGGCUCCGAGAGAAUGAGUUAUCCAGGGUCACACAGCUAACGCGCGAGGCAGGAUUUGAAGUCAUUGCUUCCCGACUCUCAGUCCAGAACUAUACCUCCUAAAAUUAUUGGAAGAGAACCAUGGGAAAAGAAUUGGCAUUGCCGCAGCACCUGUUGCCGUACAGCUUGUGAUCGGAUUGUGGAGUUUCUUCUAGGUUAACCAUUUUCCCCUCCUGCCUCAUGAGAGGGGGUGAGGGACAUCUUAUCAGUGUGAUAAUAAGACAUGGGUAUGCACUUGACUCUUCAGCUUUCCUAUAAAUUCAGGCUGUUGCUGCUCUUUGCAUUAUGCAUGAUGGUGAUUGGAUGGGCCACCUCAAGCUACCUGGUCACUGCCAUCCAAGAGAUUCCUAAAGCAAAGAUUUUCAACAAGACCAUGAUUUGGAGGAAGGAGUUAGCUUCAUCUGAUGAGACUUCCACGACAAAAUCAAAAUUGAAAAAAUGUCCCCUUUUGUCUCCAUACCUGAGAGGACCCGGCAAACUUAUUUUCAAGUCAGAUCUCACAUGGGGAGAAGUACAAACAGAGAAUCCUAAAGUUCAGAAAGGCCGUUACCACCCAGAAGACUGUAAGGCUUUACAACGGGUUGCCAUCCUAAUUCCACACCGGAAUAGAGAGAAGCACUUACUGUACCUGUUGAAACAUCUUCAUCCAUUCUUGCAGAGGCAGCAAAUAGAGUAUGGCAUCUAUGUCAUUCAUCAGGCUGGAAAUAACAAAUUUAACAGAGCCAAGCUCCUGAAUGUUGGCUACCUAGAAGCCCUUAAGGAAGAAAAUUGGGAUUGUUUCAUAUUCCAUGAUGUGGAUCUGGUACCAGAGAAUGACCUUAACCUCUACAUGUGUGAUGCUCAUCCAAAACACAUGGUGGUUGGCAGAAAUAGCACUGGCUACAGAUUGCGUUAUAAGGGGUAUUUUGGAGGUGUUUCUGCUCUAACAAGAGACCAGUUUUCCAUGGUGAAUGGAUUUUCCAACAACUACUGGGGCUGGGGUGGAGAAGAUGAUGACCUCAGAAUCAGGGUGGAGAUACAAGGGAUGAAAAUAUCUCGGCCACCUCCUUCCAUAGCCAAGUACACAAUGAUCUUCCAUACCAGAGAUAAAGGCAAUGAAGAGAACUCAAAAAGGAUGAAGCUUCUAAAGCAGGUGUCACGAGUCUGGCGAACAGAUGGACUGAACUCUUGUUCCUAUAACCUGCUGUCUGUGAAACACAAUCCUUUAUAUAUCAACGUCACAGUGGAUUUCCUUGUGACUUCAUAAUCCUGCAUUAUUCUAUUGAGUUUUUCUUUUUUCGGGAAAAGAUAGAAUCUCCAGUUGCAGUAGUUAUCGAAAUGUCUGGAAAUUUUGAACUAGGCAUCCCCUCCCCCAACCCUAGUCCCUCUUACCUCUCUGUCAUCAAGCAGUGGGUACGAUGAACUGGCUGCUGGAUGUGACUAGUUUGAAUUUUUCCUUCCUGUUGUUGGGAGAAGCAUUGCUGAUAAUGUGGAGGGAGUAAGUCUGUUGGAACAGAAAUGUUUUCUUACAGAUGAGCUUAAGCAAGAAAGAGAAGGGCCCUUUGUGUGCACAGAGCAAGAGCUGUUCAGGAGCAUUUGUUGAAAAUGAGUUGUCCACAGUUCGAAAAGUGAUAGCUCAGGGGAUCAGGAAGGUACAAGCUGCAGGAAACAGCUUUGCCAGAUUGUCAAAGAGGGCGAAGCUGCUCUUGGGAACAACAGAAAGGUAGAAAGAUAGAUGAGUGUCACUAGAUGAGGCUGACUUGGAGAUCCCUGAGAGGAAGGGAGGGUCAGGUGGAGGAGUAGAGAGAAACAAAGUACAGUCGAGGGAAAGUGUAACAAGUGUCACUGGAAUAGAAAUGAGUGGCUGAGCAAAGGUGCAGGACAGCAUGAUUGAGGAAGAGGAGGCAUUGGGAAAAUGGGGUAUAGUUCUUCCGUGCAUAUUUUCUACCUGAUGUAACUAGUGUCCUCCUCUGCCUAUCUGGGUUGUGGGUAGGUCAAAUAAGGUAGCCCUUCUAGUAGGAUGAGAUGAGUUAGGGAAGACUUCUUAGAAGAGGAAGUCUUUUUUUUUUUUAACCAACUCUUCAUUUCCCUCUGCUAUCUCCCUUUCAUCCAAACUUCACCACCCCUUUAUCUGAAUCUUCCUCCUAUGUUGCCUGAAAUUGCUUUGUUACCAUCCAGAUCAUUUUCCCUUCUCUUUAUUGUAUUAAUUUAGGUUUCUGGACUUCUGACUAUUCCUGAUCAUGGUUUUGGGGGUUUCUUUCUCCCUGAUUUUGUUCUGUAAUUGCUUAGCUCUAUGCAUUUUCCCAGGCCUUCUCCAUGGAUGCGGUACACAUCCUCAUUUAUUGAAAUCCUUCUCCCUCAAGGGUUCAGGUGCUGCCUCUUCCAAGAAAUAUUUUGCCUCUACCUACCAGCUUAAACUCAUUUCUCCCUUACAUUUUCUGGAAUGCCUUGCCUGGUCUCUUUUGCAUUUUUUCCCAUUCUAAGAGCACCAGAUUCAGAGUCACAAAACCUUGGUUUCAGGCUCUUGCCUGCUGUGUGACCUUGAUCGAGUCACUGAACUCCUGGACCACACCUUUUUCAUUUCAGUGAGAGGAGUCUAGAUAAUCUCACUGUUUUCUUCCCAGCU